AUGGAGACAGCGGACCUGGCAUUGCUGACUGCCUGGCUAGAAAGGCUGAAGGCCAAUAACAGGGCUCUUCAAGAGUCGAACGUGGAGAUAGAAGAUCAUAUAUCGGAACAAGACCUCGUCGCAGAAUACACUACGGUCACGGAGUACGACGACGAGGCCAUCCGAAUGAUGGCGCUGUUGGACUGCAAGGCAGACGCACUGAGACGUAAAGAACAACAGGUACAAGCCACCCAGAUGACCACAUCCGCGACAACAUCUGCGAAUGCCACUACAGACCUGGGAAGAAAUCACAGCAACGUGACUAGCGGCGUGAAGCUUCCCAAGUUACGACCUCAAACUUUCAACGGUGAGGUCAGCGCGUGGCAGAGCUUCUGGGAGCAGUUCGGUCGUGCUAUCCACGAAAACGAUAGCAUUCCGCGAUCGGACAAGUUUCAGUACCUGCGCAACCAUGUCACCGGACCAGCGGCGGCGGCCAUCGCUGGGCUCCAGGCAACUGAGGCCUGCUACGACGAUGCCAUUGAAAUCCUGACACUGCGCUUCGGUGAUAAACGAAGGAUCGAGCAAAAUCAUCUGGCGAAUCUCCGAGCACUGCCUCCUGUUGCCUCUGCAAAAGUCACGAAAGGCCUCCGAAAGAUGUACGAUCACGUCCAGACGAACAUCCGAGGUCUGAAAGGGCUCGGCGUGGGAUCGGCAACGUACUCCACGAUGAUGUCCGAUAUCCUCCUCAAGGCCUUGCCGAGCGAAGUCGUCGUAAAUUAUCACCGGCAGCACGCAAGCAGCACUGCCUACAGGUCGACGGGAGAAACGCAAAACAGUCCGACUUCACUGAGUUCACCAGCGGUGCAGGACACCGGACACUCUGUCGACGGACCACUUACCACCCGGAGCGCUUCAAGGCCGCCCUCUUUCGCCGAUGCCGAAGAUGAGCUCGCCGAUAUUCUAAGCUUCCUUCAGAUCGAAGUUGAGAGUAGGGAGAGAGCCGGAGUAGUAGAAGAACGGCAAGAGACGCAGAAGAAAAGGACUGAAAGACCCAGAAUGCCCAGCAGCCUCUGUGCUACAUGGAAAUAUCACAAGCCCCUGCUUCUUUUGCCGGUCCACAAAGCACGCAACAGAAUGCUUCUUCAAACGUUCCGAGCCUGGGCUGAGAAAGGAAACCAAAGACUUUACGUGCGAGCCAUUAUCGAUGGAGGUAGCCAACGGACGUUCAUUCGUGAGGAUCUUUCUCGCAAACUCGGCCUCAAGGUUCUGGGAUAUCUUAGCCUCCGGCUAAAUACGUUCGGCCACUCCACGUCACGACCGCGACGUCGGCGACUAGUACAAGUACGGUUGCACAGCCAAUACGGCCAAGAAGAGUGCGUCAUCGAAACCGUCGAGGUACCCUUCAUCUGUAAGGACGUUGUGCAGGCACCCGUCGACCACAAAUUUGUUCGCCGUAUGAGGAAAAACGGCCGUCGUAUUGCGGACAUGCUUCUCUCCCCUCUGACCACUGCUGAAGAGGGCAUUUUCCUUCUGGUCGGUUCAGACCAGUUGUGGCGAGUGAACGGUGACCAAGUGCUGCAUUGCAAGGAAAAUCAGAAGCUGGUAGCUAUAAGCACCAUUUUUGGCUGGUCCUUUCAAGGCCCAGUGUCAAACCACAGCUCUCUCAAAGGCAGCGCUAGCAGCAUGGUAUGCGUACUAAGAACGGAAUGCUUCACGAACGAGGACGUCGGAGACAUCCUGCGGUGUUUUUGGGAGCUAGAGAGCAUCGGGAUUUCUGACCAGCCCUCCAGCAAGAUGGAAGAACACAACGAACUGCUGAACGAGUUCAACCGAACAAUACGGAAAGUGAAUGGACGGUACGAAGUCGGUCUACCGUUCAAGGUAGGCGCGGGAGAACUGAAGGAUAACCGCACGCUGGCAUUGAAACGUCUUGAGAGUUUCAAGAAGAGAUUGUCACGCGACGAGUCCUUCGCAAAAGAUUACGACAACGUCAUACGCAGCUACAUCACCUUAGGACACGCAGAAAAAAUAGCGCUAUCACACUUCACUGGAUCCGCGGGUCAGCAACUCAGUGCAAGCGCUUUGCGGCAACUCGAGUGGCAGAGCUUCAAUCUGGAGAGUCACCUUCUACAUGGAAGCACUGCCCCGGACAAGAAAAUCCGGCAGAUUUGA